GCUAAUUAACGGAAACUACACUUCAAUUGAGUGCAUCGAUAGGAUUGGCAUACGUUUGGGUAAACAUUACCGACGGGUUUGUGUCCACGCAUUGCGUAAAACAAUUUGAUCUCGUUUUCUGGCGUCCAAUCCAUUUCAGUCACAUUGGGAUCAGACAUGCGACCACUGAAUCUCUGUGAAGACAAACGACUACUUAAUUGAAGAGAAAUCGUGCCAUAAAUCGACUGCAAGUCUAUAGCCAUGAGUGACGACUGGGGCGACGAUUGGGAGCCAACGAAGCCGUCGACCACUGACUCGACGACCACUGACUCGACGACCACUGACUCGACGACCACUGCUGUCCAACAAGACUGGGACAGCGGAUGGGACAACGGAUGGGACAGCAGUUCCGCUAAUAAUACUAAUAAAGAGCCGACGAGUGAUUUGAGAUCAAAAGAGUUUGGACGCGGAAGAGGUAGGGCUAAGAGAGCGGAACAAUGGCACCAACAGAAUGACGGCGAGUGGGGGUCCGACCACUCGAGUCAUGAGCGCCGCCAACAGAACUCAUUCUCCAAUAAUAGCUCUUUCGGUCAAAACCAGGACUCAUCCAAACGUGUCAUUCAAAUUGAGAGCACUUUCGUGGGGAAAGUGAUCGGAAGAGGCGGUCAGACCAUCAAAGAGCUGCAGAACAAGAGCGGCGCUCGGAUUCACAUUAAUAAGGAUUCGAGUGGUUGUGACACUGAUAUUGAAUUGAGUGGAAGCAGUGGUCAGAUAGAAAUGGCUGAGAAACUCAUCAAAGAGUUGACUCAAAAUGGGGGCUAUUCUUCACAGCGAAGUGAGUCCUACUCUUCGCACAGGAAUUUCAGUAAUAAUGACUGGAAUAGUGAUUGGAGUAAUGAGCCGAAGAAGGAGGAGAAGGCGACCCCGAGUGAGGAGUUCGUGGACUGGGGGGCGGCCAUCGCUGAGAGUGAAGAGGCGACCAAAAAGAAAUGGGCGUCACUUCCACCCAUAAACAAACAGUUCUACUUCGAGAACCCAGACGUGAGAGCCAUGAGUGCAGAGUUUGUGGACAACUUUCGCACUCAAAAUAAUAACAUAAUUGUCAGUCAUUUCACUGAAGGCGACACUCGAGUCAUUCCUAAUCCCAUUCAACACUUCAGUCAAGCCUUUGAACACUUCCCUGAAGUUUUGGACGAAAUCACGAGACAAGGCUUUAAGACGCCGUCACCCAUUCAGUGCCAAUCGUGGCCUAUACUCCUCAGUGGUUAUGAUUUGAUAGGCAUCGCUCAGACGGGAACUGGAAAAACAUUGGCAUACCUUUUGCCGGCAAUGAUACAUAUCGACAGUCAGGCCACGAAACGCGAGGACCGUCCGGGCCCUACAGCCCUGAUUAUGGCGCCCACUAGAGAAUUGGCGCAACAGAUUGAGAAGGAGUGUCAGAAAUAUCGCUACAGAGAUAUCAAAUGUGUUUGCAUUUACGGCGGCGGAGACCGUAACACACAAAUCAGUAAAGUUGGCAAAGGAGUGGAAAUAGUGAUCGCAACCCCCGGACGACUCAAUGAUCUCUGUAUGAAUCGAGUCAUUAAUCUCUCAUCCGUUAGUUAUUUGGUUUUAGACGAGGCCGACCGUAUGCUUGACAUGGGUUUUGAGCCGCAAAUUAAGAAAAUAAUGCUUGACGUAAGGCCCGAACGCCAUACUGUGAUGAUGUCUGCCACG